AUGGACUCCAAUCGUGAGCGAAACGUGGGAAUUGUGCUGCAGUUCCUGCGGCUUCCUAUUCAAACCAUCGAGGCUAGCGUGCGCACCUUUGAUGAGCUCACCCUCGGUGAAGAGCAUAUGUCCGGUCUUGCCAAAAUCAUCCCCACUAACGAAGACCUCCAGUUGAUAGAACGCUGGAUGAAGCGAAACCCUAAGGCAACGACCGCACAGCUCCACCAAUUAAGCAUCCCCGUCCGCUUCUUCAUGAUGACUCUGAAGAUUGAUUACUAUGCCGAGAGGGUGCAGUGCUGGAAUUUCAAGAAUGAAUUUAAGGGACGCAUCGAGGAUUUGGAGGUGAAGCUGCGCCGUGCACUAGAAGGCGUAACAGCUUCGAUGGAGGCGCCACACCUCCCACGUAUGCUGCAGUUCAUUCUCGCAGUCAGCAACUUCCUGAAUACCGGUAGCCGGUUCCAAGAGGCGAAGGGGUUCCCAAUCUCGCAGCUGCCGCAUAUCAUCGCUUUCCCGACAACGGAUAAUAAGCGUGUACUGCUCGACUAUCUAAUCGAGAUCAUCGAUAAGCAGGAUCCUGAGGUGCACCAAUGCACAAAAGAGUUGUUGCCUGCGGUGGCGAUGGCGUCAAACUUCGAUGUGCCAGGUGUCGCUGGUGAAGUGAAGGCGCUGCGCACGCGAAUGCAGAAGUGCGGUACGCUUGUUCGUGCCAUUCCAGACGAUAAGCCAUGGACGACGAAACUUGGACGGUUUAUUUACAACGGCCUCCCGAUGUUAGAGCGCCUGGAACAACUGGUGAGCGACUUGAACGCGAAGAUUGAGAAGAUGCCGGCGUUUUUCUGCGAGAAUCCGACAUCUUUUUCGAUGAACGAUACACUGCGGUGCUUGACGACUUUCGCGAAGAAGUAUGACGCGCGGAGGGAAGAAAACCAGCAGAAGGAGGUUGAGAAACAGGAGCGCCUGGCGAGAGCCGCGGCGAAAAAGGCAGAGAGUCUCGCUGCCGGCCACAGUGACGAUUCGUCGAAGGGGCCCAACAAUUCCCACGUGGGGCGACCGCCGCCGCAGCGGAGGGAACAACAGGCGCUGUCACACCUGUCGCCGAAGGGGUCGUUGCGGCAAAAUUCCGGGGGCGGGCGAGCACCGCAGCCACCAGCAUCGAUUCACGACAAGGAUACCAGGAUCAACAACUCAGGCAACUUCAACGGGUCCACCGGUAGGAGCAACGGCCACGCCGUACCCGCAAGUGGCAAUAGUACUGCUGGCCCAAACAACGGCAGAAGUGCACCGGGCUUGGCCAACAUCGCCACCAGCAAGCCCAUGCAUAGUGCGGUAAACGGCCCCAAGGGCAACGGUGGUGCCUCUGCACCUCUUGUUGACCCGCUCCAUUGA